AUGCCGCACAAGGUCAACAACGACUCAAAUUCUACGCUGGCCAGCAGAGGCAGCAGCGGCGACCAAGUCAUCAUCACAGAGGUUCGAGGUAUGUCGAUCGACCACUUCCCACCCAUUCGUCCUGGGGGAAAAGGCUACCCCCCGUGCCCGAUCUCCAGAUUGAGCCCGGCUAAUGCAGACGCCGCCCCAGCCGCCAAUCCCGUCCGCAGACCCCCGGUCGUCGUACACAACAAAGGCGGCCAGAUCUACGACGAAACCCGGCCAUCGGACUGGGACAAACAACGCUGGAAAUAG